AUGGCGGAGGAGGCCUCUUCUAAAAAAGUUAUUGUCCACCACAAGAUGGUUGGGAUGCCUGUUUUUGAUGGUCAAUUUAGUUGUGAUGUAGACUUGGAGCUUUACGCGGUGUCACAGAAAAUUAUUGAGAGUCAUGGCGGCACAACAACGUGCGGGUUUCGCAUGUGGUUGACUCGCGUGGAGCCCGGUCUUAUUGUGCGCGAUUUUAAGCAAAACUUAUUUGAGGCCUUUUCAUUGAAACACGAAAGCGUUUCAUCCAUGUCGCGGGCCGAUGGGGAAAUGGCGUAUCAUGUUGUGGUUUAUUACGAUUACGAUGCCCCGCAGACGACGUGUCCCGUGUUGAAGCUGCACUUGGGGGACUAUAAUCCCAAGAAACACGGCAAAAACUAA